CGGGCAACGGGCAACGUGCAAGCGGGUGCGGCGGGCAGAAAACCAAAAAGGGUUGACCGCUUCUCCUUCGCUAGCGGUGGCGCAUGAGGCUGUGGCGGUGCAGAAAAAUCGGCGCACGAAAAUCCACCCUGGCACUCUCUCUCACUCGAGAAAUCCGGCCAAAACCUUAGCGACUGACUGACCGCGCCUUUUCUCGUCGACAACCCACCCCGUAACAUCACCACCCAACGACUGUUGAAGCCGGCAUCCCGUCAAUACCGACAAGAUGGUGAACAUUCCCAAGACCAGGAAGACCUACUGCAAGGGCAAGGACUGCAAGAAGCACACCCUGCACAAGGUCACGCAGUACAAGGCUGGCAAGGCCUCCCUGUUCGCCCAGGGUAAGAGACGUUACGACCGGAAGCAAUCCGGUUUCGGUGGUCAGACGAAGCCUGUCUUCCACAAGAAGGCCAAGACCACAAAGAAGGUUGUGCUGCGUCUCGAGUGCUCCUCCUGCAAGACCAAGCUGCAACUCGCCCUGAAGCGAUGCAAGCACUUCGAGCUGGGUGGUGACAAGAAGACCAAGGGUGCCGCCCUUGUCUUCUAAGCGGGGAUCGCAAACAACACAACGUGCUUGUCAAAAACUAUCGUCUUUUGGUCUCUGCGGCGGAUUCUCACGAACUUUUCUACACGGCAAUACGGUGGUCAUUAACGGACGGGUCCUUCGGCGAAAGGAUAAAAUGCCUGCAAUCUUGCUUUCCAUCCUCGCGCAACUGCUGUGAGGGAUUGUGAGGAGGGGAGAGAACAUCAGUACAUAGGGAAAUGCGAAUCCUUGUGGAGCUGAGCUCGUGGGAAGUCUGACUCUGACCUGCCUGUGAUCAUGAGAGGCUGAAUGCCAAAGAACGCAUCGCCCAGAUGGCCCGCAGCCGAGGACAAAUAUACACAAUCGAGCCAAUCGCAUGCCUCCCGCCUUUGCACUCGUCACGGCGUGUCGAAUCUUGAUUCGGAAUGAUGCACGCGUGCCCAGGGGAAAUCACGAUUCCCCAAGUCCACCACGAGGAGAGAUAAUACCCCGUUCAUCUAGCUACACUCGUUGUCUGUAAAGGAAUAGCACCGUGGCUUCUUGUGAAUUUACCAGCAGUGUGCUUGGAUAGAGGAUGUGGUGCUCACCUGCCGAGGUUCUUGCUGGGAGCUUGUGUGUAUUGAUGGGGAAGGGCCAGCUUUUUGACUCGGACCCCUUGCGUAUAAUCGUUCCCAAGUAGGGAUGAUUUUGAUGCUAUUCUAGUCUCCGAUGUACGACUGCUUCGCCGGCUCGCCGUAGCAGAUAGCCCUUGGACCACUCGUCUUGACGAUUCUAGCCGGCGGCGACGUGGGGAGCGAUGCUUCCCAGCCUUGUCUCCGGCACGAGGCUGGGGCCACAUGCCCAGACGGACUACCUAGGUACCUAGCUACCUACUGAA